AUGCUACUUGAUACUUCUGGGAAAGUAGAAGGCAAGCGGUCUCGUGGGCGAUCACACACGCGUUGGACAGAACUUAUAAAAGCCGUAACACAAAACUCCACAGUCCUGUGCUCCCGAGACGCUGAAUACCGCUAUAAAUGGAGGCACAUCGCGUGGGCUAGAUUAGCCAAAGAAAACUUAUGGUCAACCAAGACCGCUCUGCCAAGAGCGUACGAC